AACAGCUCUGCUCCAGCUCCCACCAGCAGCACUGAGCAUAAGAACAGCAGAAACCCCUUCGCCCUCCUGCUGCCAAGCCAGACAGAGAGACACACAGCACCAUGUACAGCGUGGACGACCUCCUCAUUUCUCACGGAUACAAAUUGCCCAAGACAAGCGUCCCCUGCCCCUCUUCAACUUCAUCCGCCUCCGCACCUUGCGAGAAACAGCACCACGUCGCCGCCACGACCGACUGCCACCGUGAAAUCCCAGCGGCAGAGAACCAGAGGCCUGGUCGUGUUGGCUCACUGAACGGGUAUGAACAGGCAGCAGACAGGGGGGCCUGUGUCUUCAGGAGCAGCAGCAGGCAGGCACUACUGGCGAAGGUCUACCCCGGCAGCGGGGACAAUGAGAGCGGCGGGGAAAGGAACCAAAGGAGAAAAGAAGCUGGCAGCGGUAACCUAGGUGACAGCCUAGCACAGCCCCUGGGAGAUUCUCUCGCCACGGAUAGCGGGUUCUAUGACGCUCCCAGCUUAACCUAUUCUGAGCAGAUCGAGAGAAGAGAGCAGUUGGAUGAGAGGGAUGUCUCCUAUUGGAGGAGGAGAGGCCAGGACUUCAGUGUCCUUCUGGAUUACGCCGAUGGCCGGGAGCUGAGAGCGUCCGCUAGCUUUCUGAAGGCCUCUGAGGUGGCAUGGAGGCCACAGGCCCUGAUAGCAGAGGACCACAGGGGGGAGAGGGAGAAGCAGCAACAGAAGCAGCUAUGGGAUGACACCCCCAUCUCCUGGCUUAGGGAAGCUGACGCGGCUCCUGGACAGCUGAGGGUUUUGACUGGGGUGACUGGGGUGACUGGGUUGACUGGGGUGACUGGGGUGACUGGGGUGACUGGGGAGCGAAAGUGCCAGAGCCUGGGCACAGAGGAGUGGAAGCCUGCGGUGGGUCUGGGGAGGCAGCUGUCAGAUGGGGAGGGCGAGAGGUGGGCUCAGGACCAGCAGCACCGCCUGAGGACUCCAGAGAGCGCAGGUUUUAUCCUUCCCAGAACCAGAGGGAAGUCCCAGUCCCUCCCCAGAGUGCUGUCACCGGAUGGAACUACUGAACACACAGACACACAGUCCAGCUUGGUCAGUGUCCAGCUUCGACCGGGCCAGGUUGAUAGACAGAGAGUGAACAGCACCGUCUUUUCCGGGCCUUAUAGUCGGUAUUACCACAGCGCCGCAGUUGGCCGGGACCGGUGGGCCAGAAACAGUUGGCAAAGCGGCGGUCAUGUUGCACUUUUACCAAAGCCCAGGUUCAGCAGGCCUGUCAAGCCUCCAUCGUACGAGAUACACCAGCAGACUAGGGGUAGCCAGGAGAUGCUUUCUGUAGCUGUAGUAGAUGAGCAAACUGGGUCCAAACAACAGAAGGACAACAGGCCUGUCUAUCACCCAAGGGGUGGAGAACUGCAGAGACAAGACUAUUUCGCACAACACUCCGCAAUCUUUGGCAUGGAGCCCCCCGGUUACAUCCCGCCCCCGUCUUAUAAGAGAGCCCCUCCCCCAAUCAGGGGAGGCCCAAUCAACCGCAAUGAAGUGGUGAACUAUAAGUGGAGGGGGGAGAUGCAGAUACAGAUGCAGAUGCCUGUGAGCUCAGAGACGGGAAGGUGGUUUUCCAGACAGACAGGAGGGUCGUGGCUGGAACACUAUGGGGAUCGAGGUAUACCCUACAGGAAACAGGUUAACCCUAACCCAAAUCUUAACCCUGGAUACACCGAGGAACAUCUGGGGCAUGUUCACUAUUUACCCUUUGAUGAUCCGCGAGUGAGACACAUCUCAGGAGGGCCUGGCGGAAAUUCUCUCACUGACUCGGACAAGCUUAUCCGAAACAUCAACAAAGAGAUUCCCUGCGCUAAGGUUUUAGGACAAUCCACACAUGAUAGUGCCUUUUCCCCCCCACAUGGGCUAUCUCUCAAUACCGACAGCCGCAAGACAUCUGUCAAUGACAACGAUGGUAGUAGUACUAGAUGGUGCCACAGGGGUUUAAUAAACAAAGGAAGUGUAGACAGUGUAGCUCCUGACCAGAGCUGUGGUAACUAUCCAACUGCUUUUCAGGUUAGACCGCCCCCUCAGCAGAUCAGGCUUGUGGACCAAGGUGUGUCAGAAACUGUGACUCAAGUGAAAAAGAAAGAGCCUGACUCCUCAGAGAAAGAAAAACCAAGAAAGCCUGACUCCUCAGAGAAAGCAGAGAAAGUAGAGAAAAAGAGCGUAAAAAAGAAACUUAGCGAAACAAUAUUCUGUUUGGUGUCUGUUCCCAUCCCCCCAACGCCGGGCAGUACGUCCCAUGAUCAAAACAACAAUGAUGAGAAGCCGCCAAGCCCAGUCCGGCCACCAAGCCCAGUGGACAGUCCGAGCGAGAACAAAACUGGCCACUUAACAAACCAAAGUCUCCAAAGCACAUCUUCAGCAGAGGCUGAGCUGCAAGCACUAACCGGUAGCAUAGCAAGCAGCAGAUCAAGCAGCAAAAUAGUGAGAAAACUUCCCAUUAAACCCCCCAAAAUAAACCAUCACAAGGAGCUGAAACUCUCGGGAUCCUGGCCUGGGAACCAGUACCGUGACCAGGAGACUCAAACUAGCCCAGAGGCCAGAAAGCGUCAGCCUCCCCCUCCUCCUCCUCCAGGUCCUGAAAACAAGGAAGCACAAGACCCUCAAGUCCCUGCCCCAGGUUCCCCCGACCCAGGCGUCACCCCAGACCCUAGCAGUGUGGGCAGCACUGCAUUCAGCUAUCCCAUAAAAGGGGUGAAGAGCCUGAAACCAUCCAGCAACAGCGCCUUUUCCAGGACGGCCACUUUCUCAAUCUCCAGCCAGCUGAACAAGAGCACAGCUCAGCCGCCAGCAGCAGCGCCACCACCACCACCACCCUCAGGAAACACGAUGGAGGCCAAACCAGCAGCGACCUGCAGUGGGCAGGAGGGCUUCGGGCAGUUCCUGCUGAAGCCCGUCAGCAGACGGCCAUGGGACGCCAUUGAGGAGCUAGAGACUAUCAACAAAGAGCUCCAGGAUCAACAGCAACAACCACAGCAGCAGAGCAGCAAGAGGCCCAGUGUUGACCAGUGCAUCGAGGACCUCAACGAGGCAUACAAAGACAUCUUAGAGCUAGGCACUGCCAGCAAUAACGUUCCCAACAAUGGCGGCGCUGUGCAGAUCCCUGAGCGGAUCAAGAUAAGGCUAGCGGGGGAGGCGGGGCUAAGCAAACCCAGCAGCCUUAGGCGCAGUAUCGAGAGCUGGACUGUGUCCGUCGAUCCAGAGUACAGGGAGGUCAAGAGCGCCUUCUCAAGACCCGCUGAAAGAAAGUCAGUGACAUUCAGCAAGCAGCUAAGAGAGGAGCUCCCUGUCCCGCCACGCGAUCCUACAGGAUUCAGAGAAUACAGGGUUGUUUCGAAUUUGUCACAGAGGAGAAGUAGCUGCAGUGGCAGGUCAGUGAAGCUCGACCUCUCUUCACCUUCAGAGACACCACCGCCUUGUGACUUUACCGGCCCUAGUGACUUUAUUGACUCUCCUAGUGAUCCCAGCGAGAUCAGAGACUUAAGCCCAACGACGCCAACAACGCACACGGCAGCAGAAGUCCCCUGGGCAGAUAGGCAGCCGAUGCAGGACGCCUCCACACUUACGAGUCCCCCUGAUUAUGAGGACAUAUGUCAGUCUUUACAAAAGACCCGAGACCCAGAAGUUAACAAAACUUUGACGGCCAAAUCUAAACUUGGUGGUGGUAGAGGGAAUGCAGUGCCUCCAGGGGGCGCCAGUCUAGACUCUGAAGAGGAAUGCCCCAUUUGUAAAAAAGAGAGUGAGAGCCAGAUGUCCAGACCAAGCCCAAUGUCUCCGCUCCAUGAGGAGUCAAGCCCAGACUUGUCUGAUCAAAGUAGCGCCACGAUCGUCGGUGACAGUAGUCCACAAGGAGCUGAAACAUAUGAAGAACCAGCUGAGGACGAAGUAGACACAAAGUUAUCCCCCGUCUCUUGCUCGAAUCGUUCAGAGGCUCAGACUCUGUGUCAAGAUUGGAGGGAGCAGCUGUCACUCACAGAUGAUAAGAAUGUGGGUGGGUGCGCUGCUGCUGAGAAGACCAAUCAAAACCAAGCAACCAAGGAUCUCAACAAUCUAUACGAAGUGAAAUGUGCCGAGGGAAUCCCAGAGAACGAAUCCAUAGAGGAGAGGGCAGCCAGGAUAUUAGGGAUUGAUGUGCCUGCAGAGUCCCUAGUUACAGGGGAGCGGAGGGCUAGAGAGCCAGAAACAGAUGAGAUUGAAUUAAGAGAGAGUGAACCCACUGCUGGAGAAGAUCCAGAAAGAAGCAAUGCAAACGAACAGACAUUACAAACACAUGUGAGAGAUACAGAUGGACAGGAGUUACAAGGAAAUGAGCCGCCACAGGAUACGCCAGAGCGCAUCAGGAGUGCCAAAUGGACCCAACUGGGUCGAGAAACUCCAGGUAUGCUGGAGUUUCCGCCAGACAGACUACCACUUUCGGUCCCCAUGAACCCCGACCAGAAGCUGUCUCACAGUCUGGAGGGAGAGAGGAGGGGCAGAGGUGCCUCACAGCACAUAGAGGCCCUGCAGGACAAGCUAGCUGCCUCGCCCAGCCACCAGGUGGCGAUAGAGCGCCUGGCUCGGAUGAAGGUGGUGGACUCAGUGUCCCGCAUGAGACUCAGCAUCAGGAGCACAGACUCUGGGGAGGUGGACGGGGAGGCGGAGGGGGAGGCCAGCCGUGGCGUUGAACAAGUGGAAGAGAACGCUGUCCUCCCUGCUCCCUCCCAGAGUGACACAGUGGACGAUAGAGAGGUCAAGCUAGAGGACGAUCGAGAGGCCUCUGAAGAUACAGUGUUGCAAGAUGAGGAGGUGUCAUCUGUCUCGGAGGCCUGAGACCCAAGCCCAGUGGAUUAAAGUGGAGAGAGACUGAGACGCCCGUCAACUUUCUCCAUCUGAGGUUUAGCUCCCUCCAACACUGUGACCUGGCUGCCCACUAGAAUGCCUUCAUCUCAUCCCAAACACAGAAACGGCCUUCUUCUCCGACAACAGCAUUGUGUACACCCUCACCCUCGGCGUCGUUGAGUGCUAAGAGUGUUCCACUGCCAAAAGGGAGGUGUCCCCCUACCUAGGGGCAGCUUCCAUCUAUCCCCCCCCCCCAUCUCCCCUUUAUCUCUCCCCAACCCAUCCUAGGAGGGGUCCAAAAUGGUACCCUACUCUCGAUAUAGUGCACUACUGGGCCCUGGUCAAAAGUAGUGCACUGCAUAGGGUUCAGGGUGCCAUUUUGGGACUCAUUUCUAGUGUUAUUGUAGCAGCUUGUUCUUUAUCCUUUCUUAUUCUACCCUCCCGAUGCUUUUCAUUGGCUUAUUCUACCCUCCCAAUGCU